UCAUAAAACACUUGCAGUAAUGGCAUUUCUGUUUCCUUGCACUUCAAUUUUUCACCACCCUAAUACCAUUUGCAAAUUACUGCCUCGGAUCCAAAGCGCAUCAUCUCGUCCAUGGAAGAAUUUGAACGUUUUAGCUACCAACCCUCGGUUAUAUUGCUCACAGUCAGAUUUGUCUGUAUCUUUUCCAAAGGAGUUGAUGGAGAAGUUGUUGGAUUGUGAGGAUUUAAGUGAAAAGGAGGCUGAAACAUCCUUAGAGUUGUUACUGGAAGAUGGUAGUCAAGCUAUGAUCAGUGCUUUCCUUGUACUGCUUAGAGCCAAAGGAGAAACUUUUGAAGAGAUUGUAGGGUUAGCAAAGGCGAUGAUAAAAUGCAGCCGGAAAGUCGAAGGAAUAGAGUAUGCAGUGGAUAUUGUAGGCACAGGAGGCGACGGGGCUAACACGAUUAAUAUAUCAACCGGAGCUGCAUUACUUGCUGCUGCCUGUGGUGCAAAAGUUGCCAAGCAAGGAAAUCGAUCCAGUUCUUCUGCCUGUGGAAGUGCCGACGUUUUGGAAGCCCUUGGUGUCAACAUAAAUUUGAAAGCCGUGGGAGUGAAGAGAUGUUUGAAUGAAGUGGGCAUCGGGUUUAUGAUGUCUCCAAACUAUCAUCCAGCAAUGAAGAUUGUUGCACCUGUCCGGAAGAAGCUAGGAGUGAAGACCGUUUUCAAUGUGCUGGGUCCAUUGCUCAACCCUGCGCGGGUUCCCUUUGCGGUUGUUGGGGUGUACAAAGAAGAUAUGGUUACUAAAAUGGCAAAAGCUCUCCAAAGAUAUGGCAUGAAAAGAGCUCUAGUGGUUCAUUCUGACGGUUUGGACGAGAUGAGCCCACUCGGUCCUGGAAUAGCUUUCGAUGUCACACCUGAAAAGAUCAAGAAAUUCCAUUUUGACCCAUUGGAUUUUGGCAUUCCUCAAUGCACGGUUGAGGACCUGCGAGGUGGGAACCCAAAAUACAAUGCGGAGGUUCUAAGACGUGUACUGUCUGGUGAGAGAGGACCAAUUGCAGAUGCAUUGGUCCUAAAUGCAGCAGCGGCACUUAUGGUGAGUGGGCAUGCGAGCACCUUGGCUGAAGCGGUGGCCGUGGCUCAUGAAACACACCAAUCAGGGAAUGCUCUCAAGACAUUAGACCGCUGGGUCACUGUUUCAAAUAUGCUUAAAGACCUUGCCGUUGUGCCUCAUUGACUCAAGCAGAGUCAAUGUCAAGACACCCAUAGAGAAUCAGCUCCCCGUGUACCAUUCAAUUAAAAUGUUUGGUCUACUAAUGCUUUUAACUAUUUUGCUAGAAUUCAGUUGAGUAAGUUUUAUGUAGGGUUAUUAUCACGGUUCAGAGUUUUGUAAGCAAAAAAAUGAUUAAUUCAAA